AUGGAAGAGUCUCCUGCAACUCCAAAACCAAACCCUAACUCAAGGACUAUACACCACAUAGGUGGUCUUAAAGUUGAGUUCCCAUACAAGCCAUAUGGUUCACAAUUAGCAUUUAUGGGUAGAGUGAUUUCAACCCUAGAUCGAGGUAAAAAACAAGGUCAUUGUCAUGCACUGCUUGAAUCUCCAACCGGUACAGGAAAAUCAUUAUCACUUCUUUGUUCUGCCCUAGCUUGGCAACAGAAUUAUAAAUCCAAAAAUCUUUAUUCCAAUCUUUAUCACUCUAGACCAGAAGAUCCUUCAGAGGUUUAUUCUGAUCCUCUUGUUUCUGGUGGUGGAUUUAUACAUGAACCCCAGCCUUCCAGUAACUUAGAGUCGGGUUCGUCGGCAAGACCGCCAAAAAAGAAGAAGGCAGCACCUACUAUCUAUUAUGCAACGAGGACACAUUCACAGAUAAGUCAAGUAGUUCGUGAAUAUCGCAAGACAUCAUACCGGGUGCCAAUGGCUAUUCUGGCAUCAAGGAAGAAUUAUUGCACGAACGAAACUGUGUGUGGGAAAGAGAAAGUUGACGAGGAAUGUAAGUUGCUUUUGAAGGAGGAUCGAACUACAGGAGGAGGAUGCUUCGAAUUCAAAAAUGCUCAUAAAGUGAAAUGUCAUCCAUCCCUUCAGAAAGGUGGCUGCAACGAAGCUCAUGAUAUUGAAGAUCUAGUGAAAGUUGGACGGCUUGUUAAAGGCUGUUCAUACUUUGCAGCACGUUCUAUGGCAGAAGAAGCUCAACUUGUUUUCUGUCCAUACAACUACAUCAUCAAUUCAGCCAUCCGGAGGGCCAUGGAAGUAGAUCUUAAAGACUCAAUUGUGAUUCUCGAUGAAGCUCACAAUAUAGAGGACAUGGCACGCGAUGCUGGUAGUGUGGAUGUUGAAGAGGAUGUUCUUUGUACAUUGCAGACGGAGUUGGGGCAACUUUGCUUCUCAGAUUCAAUGAUUUACCAACCUUUAUAUGAAACAAUUCAGGGAUUCAUAAGUUGGAUGGCGCACAGGAAAAGCACGUUAGUGAAGCAUGAGUUUCAGCACCACUUCUCAUGUUGGACAGGUGAUAACGCUUUAAGAGAGCUUCGAGAAGUUGGCAUUUCUCAGCAGCACUUCCCAAUCUUGCAGGAGUGUGCCACGAAGGCAAUCAAAGCUGCUUCUGAUGCUGAGUUAGGGUCAGCUUAUUUAACUGGCCUUUCAAUGAUAACACUUGAAGGACUCUUUUCUUCUCUGGGAUAUUUUUUUGCUGGAGGAGGACUCAAUGCACUUGAUUAUCAGCUUGUUUUAAGAAGAUAUGUUAAGAGAGGGGCUGGACAAAAAUCUGGUGAAUGGACAUAUACCUUGAGCCUGUGGUGCUUGAAUCCCGCUGUUGUCUUCAGAGAAAUUGCUGAUCUUUCCAUGACCGUUAUUCUUACAUCUGGAACGCUUUCACCCAUGGAUUCAUUUUCAUCUGAACUCGGGGUUCAGUUUGAGACUUGCAUGGAAGCUCCACAUGUGAUAGAUGUGGGAUCACAGCUGUGGUCUGCUGUAGUUUCCACUGGCCCAGGGAAUUAUCCAUUGAAUGCAAGCUACAAAACAGCUGAUGCAUAUACUUUUCAGGAUGAACUUGGUGCUUCUUUGGAGGAAAUUUGCAAGAUUGUACCAGGUGGUGCUCUUGUUUUCUUUCCUAGCUAUAGUUUGAUGGACAAGCUUUGUAAACGCUGGGGUGAAACAGGUCAAUGGUCUCGGUUAAACGCUCAAAAAUCCCUUUUCGUUGAGCCUAGAGGAAACCAGGAUGACUUUGAGUCUGUUUUGAAAGGUUAUAAGAAUUCAAUUAGUCAAGGUAAAAAACCAGGUCCUUCUAAAAUCAAGAGGGGGAAAAAGCGUGACCUACACCACUUUUACACACAAGAGACUUCUAAUGGAGGAGCUGCGCUUCUGGCUGUCUGCCGAGGAAAGGUCUCUGAAGGGAUUGACUUUUCUGAUGACAAUGCUCGAGUGGUUGUGAUCGUUGGCAUCCCAUUUCCAAACACGUACGAUAUUCAGGUUGCACAGAAAAAGAAGUAUAAUGACACAUACAGUUCAUCACGGAAUCUUCUAUCUGGGAGUCGUUGGUACUGCCAUCAAGCAUUUCGUGCUUUGAAUCAAGCUGCAGGUCGUUGCAUACGCCAUAGGUUUGACUAUGGAGCCAUAAUCUUCAUGGAUGAACGGUAUAAGGAAGAAAGGAAUACUGCAUAUGUUUCAAAGUGGCUCAGGAAAUCCAUUAAACACUAUGACAACUUUGGCCAUUCACUGGAGGGGUUGCAAUCAUUUUUCAAAGACGUGAAGGAAUGGUCCAGACAAAAGUAUAUUGAUUCGACGGAAACUUCUGACAUCAAUGUAGAAGACAAAUCUUCUACAAAGAUAAGCGUGCGGAGCAAAUUAGCAAUAAAAAAGGGCUACGAGGAGGAUAUUCGUUCUAAUACUUUGAGCAAAGGAGCAGGAAAGCAGAAAAUAACUGAGAAAGUAGUUUCCAAAAACUUAGUAGCAACCGAAAAGGGACGCCACUUGCCCAAAUCUUUAACUCAGGUAAAAAACAAUGAUGCCACUCAUCACAAACUAAAUCAUCAGGGGAACAGCAUGGUGGAGACUAUAAAGUUUGCUCGUGCCGAUGAAACUAAGACGGCAACAUGCAGAGAAUAUAUUGACUUGGAGUGUGGUUCCCAGAAACACUCGAGGUUUGAUGGUAAAUCUGUGGCAUCUUCAACCAGUAGUCCUGAAUCACCUGCAGUCAAGGGAAACUCUGGUGUUGCCGACACAGACAGCAAUUUUAUGUCUAGUCCUGCAGAUAUAAUAUAUAGGGAAGGCCACCUAAGUUCUACUGUAGUUGAGGCCACCAAUGACUUAUGGGAUCAACAAUCCGCCCAUUCGAGAUCACUGGAAAAUUCAAAUGGAGCCAUUUCCCAGGGUACAUUUGCAAUGGAGAUUACACCUGAAAGAGGGAUUAAUAAUGACCCUGUCAAUCUGAAAUCAGAUACAGAAACAUCUCUGAGUAUGAGCGUCAAUUCUCAUUCACAGAAAAGGAGAAAGCCGGUGGGUUCAUUAUUUCCCAAUUCCCAGACGGAUCAAUUCCGAACUCCUGAUGACAAACCCAACAGUAGCAUGAGAAGUAUUGGUGCCUCUAACCUUAGAAUCAAGCUUGGCUUUGAUGCAGACUGCACAGGAUGUGACUGCGAGAAGCUCAAUGUUCCGGAAAGGGUUGUGCUUAACAACUCUAAUGCAUCAUCUUUGUCAUCCAAUACUGCUACAGAUAAGAUCCUAUAUAUCUGUUGCUCCCUCUGUAAAAGCUCAUUAGGUUUACCCGAGAAUGAUUACCUUGUCACAUGUUCAUUGACCUCAUCUUCCAAAGUUUACUUGACAUCUGCUUUAAGAAAUGGAUUAGACAGUUUAUCGAUCAAUGAACCAGAAUCUGUCCCUGUUGUGAUAUCUGAUGUGUCAUCUGUUGAUCGACGACUUUAUAAUAGACUUCCUAGUGAUGAUGCUCCAAUGCAAGGUACCUGGUCUGCAAAAGAUGGAUGCGUGUUUAGUACUAUUUUCUGCCCGUUCUGUACCGCUCCCAAGAGUCUCCUCGGUCUACAUGUCAUGGCUACUGAUGCACCAAACAUGCGGUUGCUAAAUAAGAUUAUGUUUUAUUUCAACAGCUUGGAAAUCAAGAAUCUUGAAGUGCCAAAGAAGAACGAGCCCUGCUUGCCUGCUGGUGGUUCAAAUCAUGGUCGGUCUAUUGACUCAGAGCUUUGCCAAGUUGCUCCUGCUUCUGGCAGUGGACAUGUUUCAGAUGUAGCUCUAAUUGAUAAGUUUGCAUAUGUUAAACAAGAGCAGGAUUCUGGAGGGUGGAGGACAACAAGAUCCAAGCUAAAACUACCAAACAGGCGUUUUCGCUCUAUGACGUAAAUUAUUUGUGAGAGUAGCUGAACGUUGUGGAUUUUUUGAGGUUGAUGCCACUGAUUAUUAUUGUUCAUCACUGCCAGAACAAAAAGCAAUCUGAAGGAUGAGAUAACCCGAGUAUUAUGUUCAUCCAAAUGCAUUGUGGUUAAUUUUGGGUUAGGAUACGCUGUAAAUUAUAUUUCUUUAUGCUCCUGAAGCGUCAUUGCUACUGGAAUAUGCCCUUGAUGGUUGCAGUCUGCUAGAUCUGUCUCUAUUAAAAGGAGGUUUUUUGGUGUUUCUGUUGCAGCAAGACGCAAAAUGGGUAUACUCUCGUUGUAAACUGUAAAUAUACUCGGGAAAGAGCCUCUGGUUAUAAUGUUUUUGUACGCACAAGACGCCGUUAAAUACUAAUAUAGUAUGUAAAUGUUCAUAUCCAUAAUUAUAGUUCAAAGGUUACUCUUGAAAUUCA